CUUGGAGUUGUUUGGGCUUUGCAAUGCUGGCGCCUAUGCUGGCGGGGCACGCAAGAUGGGCGUCACCUAUAGUGACAGGCGCGCUCGCCAAAGGCGAGUAUGUGGUGCCGUUGCCCUACUCCAGCACACGUGAGGACGCGCAGAACAAGAUGCACGAGGGCGAGAGGAUGGCUGCUGCGUUCCUGCGGGCAGUUUUCCCUGAUGACCCUUGGGGCGGCAGCUCACAGGCGCUGGGGCUGCUGCUUCCUGGCCUUCUGCUGCUUCGUUGCAGGGCUCAACUACUGGCGCAAGGCCACCUACGGGCUGCGGCGCCACGCUGACAUGGCGGCGGUGGUGUUGACGCUUCUGUACCACAGCGCUGUGGCCUUUGGCCUCUUGGGCGCUGGAUGCGCGGCGGCGCGCACCGCGCUACUUGUGGAUCCCCAGCGGCCCUUGCUAGGCGUCGGCCCGUGGGUGCCUGCUUUGGGACCUGCAGGAUACCUGCUGCUCACAGUGGCCUUCAUCGCCAUGUACUGUCGGGCCAGGUGGUUUGCCUCCAGAAACGAGUUCCAUCGCAGCACCCCCUGGCACCUGGCGGUCCACGUCACCGGCAACCUGGGGAACCUCUUGAUGUAUCCGGGGCUCAAGUGAGCGCAAGCCGAGUCGGACCUUGCAAAAACAGGUCGGGUGGUUCAAUUUUUUGUCUGGUUUCAUUGGGGUAACGCCUGCAGAAAUCUUUAGGACCGUGCUAGUAUAGAGAAGAGUCGAAAGGUGAAUUGGGCGCAGUGCACGAAUUCGACCGUUGGCCCUCCUUCGGGAGAUCCACUUACCCCGUGGCGGUCUCGCCGGCAACCUGACCCAGGUGCAAAGUGAG